UUGCAGGAGAGGAAGUUAUGUGCCUUCCCCGUUAUUGAGAUCUACACAUCAGAUGUCAUGAGCUAUAUGGCUCCACUCUCUGACCAAACAGACUUCUUUGUCCCAGAAAUGAAAGAGGACGUCAAAUCAGAUGUAAAAGAUGACAAUUCUGACGAAGACAGAGGAACUGACAUUACAGGUGCAGAUUCCCACAGUGAUGUGAGUUCGGGGAGUGGCGGCGCGCCGUGGGACAGCAGGGAAACAUCCCUGGCAGCGUCCACGGCUGCCUCCCUGGCCUCCUCUCUGCCCCUGAGGGACGUAAUGGACACAAACGAAGAAGACAGGCAUAUGGACCAAGGUGACGGAAGCUCGAACGAGUCCCUGGGCAGCGGCUCGUCUUUUGAGGAGCUCGACAUGGAGCAGGAGCAGCUUGAGGAGAAGUACGACGACGAGGACAUCCCCGAGGCGGGAAAUGGAGCUAAGGAAGCAGCCGAACUGUGGGCUGAGAAAAAGGAGCCCUUGGGAGGUGGAGAGGAGUAG